AUGGCAAGGAGCGAUGAUCUGCCGCCGCCAACAUCCAUUGAAGCGGCGGCUUGUCGAAACGCUUUUAUCGAACCGAAACAUUUCCAAAGUCUCGUCCGAUUAUUGCCCGAAUCGUGUUCCAUAACACAGCGUCAAAACGUACUAUGGGCUUUGGCAUCGACAUUACCGUGUCAACAAACUGCUGAUAUCAAAACUCAGAUCGAACUUCUCAAGCAGUAUUUAAUCAAAGAGCCAUUCAGUUUGUGCGUCUCGUUCAUCUUUCGUAAACUCUCCGAAGAUGCAUUCUUGCGUAAAGAAGUUCCUAAAGACGUUUGGCUUACACUGGCCGAGUCAGUUCAACAUCUAACAGGCAAUCAAGGAGCACAGACGAACAUUGUGAACGCCUUGAGCAAUAUUCUCCAAGACAUGGACAAAGUGGCAUUACAGACAAUAAGAGAUCGACUAGAAACUUUAUCUCAAUCCGUUGCAAUUUCUAAUAGAUGUUUAGCUGCUGUAUUACACGUCCUACGUUUACUCGUUGUUCGCGAUAUCUCGAUGAAAACAGUCAAACUAGACCGAAUCUCUACGUGGCUGGAUAUCGACGAUGAAGGUGUGGGACAGCGUGCACGUGAGCUACUCGAAGUUCUUGAUGUUACAGAUGGGCAGUCUGCUUUCACCAGUCCGACUUGGAUGGCUCCAGUUGUCACCGAAAUCGCAGCCAUCCACCAUCAAUCAAUAUCUAAUGUAGAAGAACUAAUCGAUCCAAAACCAAAGACAGAAAUCACUUUUCCGAUUUUUGAAUUUUUAAAGAGCAGAACCGCUCAACAAUCGCAUCAGUUUCGUCAAAUGUCUGUAGAAGAACUUCUUGACAUGGCGACCGCCGAUAAACAUUCCGAAGAAACUCGAGAACGCUAUUUGUUAGCAUUAACUUCUAUGAUGAAACAAAUGUCCAAUGAAGAAUCAAUUUCCGAACAUUCGAUCGAGCGAAUCGGAAAGUUACUCAACGAGAAAUCGAUACGUAUUCGAGAAGCAGCCGCCAUUGUCCUGUGCUGUUAUGCAAGCGACAGACGACGUCACUUGUCCAAUGAAGUACUCGAGAAACUAGGCUCGCUGUUUGUCAACAGUGAUUAUCUGCUGGUUACAAACAUUCUGUCCGUCUAUUUUAGCAUUGCUCGAGAGAAAGGCCAUGUGCCCAGUUGUAUCGCCGCAUUUCUCCGUCGACCAGAACCGGACUUGCGGGAAAAAACAAUCGAAAUAAUCGAGAAGGUUGUUGCCAAUGGCCAGAAGUUAACUCUAUCCGUCCUCGACGAACUGAAGAACUUGGUCCACGAUUCGGCAUUUCAUAUUCGAAAUAGAGUAGCAAGUGUUUUCAUUGAGUCUUGUCGUGAGCGACUCGUCGAAGAGACCGUGAUCAAGCGACUUGACGCUUUACUCUCUGUCUUUCAGCGACCUUUUCAAUUAAAAGUCCGAAUUUCAGCUCUUGAACUUGUUAAACAACUGAUUCUAAAAUGCGAUGUUCUCUCUGAUUCACUUUUACAACUGAUCGAAUUGGCACUCGGCGAUCGUGAAAAUUCAAUCGUUCAAACUACUAUCGAUAUUAUAAAAUUAUAUGCAACAAAAAGCAAACUAUCCAAACGAAUAACCAUCGUUCUCGAACAUCUCUUCUCUACCGAAACAGCGUAUCAAUUCGAACUUAUCAAGAUCUUCAUUUCUAUCGUCGGCAAGGGACAAUACCUUUCAGAGAAAAUCAUCGAAUUUCUCGGGCAUCUUCUAUGGCAAAGUGAUCAUUCACCAGACAUUCUCCCUCUUUUAACUCGUAUCGAUCGUAAUCAACCCUUGCCAUUGAAUGUCAAUGAUCUUCUUCGAGAACAUUAUCUUCUCCAAGUUCUGCAGAACUCGAUCUAUUCGGACACAAAACAAAUCGCUAACGAUCGACUUCAAUCGUUGACUCGCAACGGUCAUCGACUUUCAAAGGCGAUUCUCCAGGACAUCGUUGAUCUAAUCAAAGCAGGUAACAAUCAAACUGAACUAUUGAAGGUUUUGGUUCAUGUCACAGCAAAUGGUCAACAUCUCAAUGAACCACAAAUGAAGAUCUUACAGGAACUCUUCUGCAAAAAACCAACUUCAGAAUGUCUUCUGCGAAUCUUUUGUCAUUUGAUUCGCUACAAUCAAAUACUUCCGGAUAAUAUUAUGAAUGCCAUCGAACAAUCAAUCAAAAAUGGCUCGAUCAAUAACGAUGUUAUACAGAUCUAUUAUUAUCUCAUCGAACGAGAGAAGUCAGUCAAAGAGUCGACUAUCAAGGAAAUCUUCAGUUGGAUCGAACCAAUCAAAUGGGCCACACUGUCCAAGAACUGUCGAUACCAACUGGUUCGUUUUCUUCAAGCAGUCGCCAAAAACCAACCUGAACUAGCGACGAAAGUGGAUCUUUCUGUGCUCCUCCAAUCGACUCAAUCAACUCAAACUCUUCGAAGUGCGCGUGAAACAGCAACCGUAUUGAAAACCUACAGGCAAACCUUAACCCCAAACGCCAUCGAUGCACUGAAUAAACUCAUCAAGGAUGAAAAACAAGAAAGCACCGUUCAAAAGCGAGCUCAACAAGUACUCGGAGGCACUCCAUUGCCGAUGGCGAUUCCACUUGUCAACAGCGCCGAUGAUCCUAUCCUCAAUCGAUCCGAUGCGUAUGAACAGAAAACAAGUCCUAAACGUUACACCAAGCUCCAACAAUCUCGUCUCGCUACGAAGCCCGAUCCAAAUGAUUCCGCUACGGAUACAUUUCUUGCUGCGUUGAAAGCAGGUCGGCAAUUGCCAUCUAAACAUCAACGGAUCAUCGAAGCAAAGUUCACUCGAUCGCCAACCGUCAAGUUAACAACAGUGAUUCGAUUGUUAGCUGAACAACAAAAGGAAUUGAAGAAGGAAACAUUCGACACUUUACUCGCGAUUCUUCUGAAAGGGAGAAAUAAACAAUAUAAUCAUGCUGUCACAAACACAUCAGCAACACAUCAUCGCAUCCCGAUGGUUAUUUUCAUCCAGUCUUUCUUUUUCUAUCUCUUCAACUUGAUGUGUUUCCUCUGGCAUUUCUCUUUGGCGAUUGUUCUCCGACUACCCACGAACGAAACUCUGAGUGAUGCGUUCACCGCUCUGGAACACGCUGCUCGACACCAACGAUUACCGACAGAAAUUCACAGUUAUUUCCUCAAGCAAUGUUCCAGUUCAUCCGCAGAUAUUGUUCGACGAAGUCUCACGGCCAUUCGUUAUCAAUUGAUGCGCAACGAUUUCAUUUGGGAUCCUUCCGAACAAGUCCCACAAAAGAUUCUCUCACCCAGCGGAGUUCCCCUCGAUCGACUGGAAGAACUCGAAGAUUUCGAUGUUUAUUUCAGCACCAUUCAAACGCUUCAUUUCGUUGAAUAUGUCGAUGAGAAGAUCUUCGCACAACCUGUCGAACGAUGGUCACGGGAAUUUCUCUGCUAUGAUCUUUUGGCUCGUGUGCAGAACAAAACACCCGUUCUCAUCGGUCUUUUUCAUCAUCACCUCGCUUUACUCGAACAAUUUCACAAUUUCGGUUUGUACAGCGAUGAACGCGAUCUCAUCCUUCAAGCAUUGAUCGAACGACAACAACGACAUUCUCUGACAUUGGAAAAAGUCAAUCAAAUCGUCAUAUAUCUCUUCACAUGGAAUGAGAAUUCGAAGUUGCUUCUUCGAUCCACUGAAGCGGAUUGGUUGAAAAAGAUGCGUCGCAUCUACGUCGAAGAGAAAUUCGAGCAGUACUGGCCCAAAGGAAACCAACUGUUUCCCAUCGAUGAACUGGUCAAACUGAAGAGUUUAACUGCUGAAUGGAUUGGUUUACUUCUUCAGAUCGUUCGAAAUGCGAACGACGUUCAAUUAUUCUCUCACUGGAUGACCGAAUACCAACUGAGUGUUCGAGAAACGACGACAUUAUUCACUGGCUUGUCCAGUACGGACACAAUCGAUUCGUUGGGCAUACGAAUGAAACGCGUUGUUCUUCAAAGUAAAAUCAAAUCCAUUUGCCGAGAUUCAGCAACGGACGUGAACCGAGCGGGUGAAUAUUUCCAACAAUUAAUGAACAAGAAAUGGUCAUUGACAGCAAUGGAAGUGUUGAUCAAAAGUGCACUGGAGAAAUUGAAAUUACCGAAUGGCUUUGAAAAUUUUCUCACCUGUUUGAAUCUCCUGGCUGAUUAUCCCGUCGAAGACAAUCUCGUUCGAGAUCUUCAACGGGUGUUUCAAGAUUUCUCGAGUGAAUCUUGGCCAGAGAAAGUUCAUCAGAUGAUCAUUGAAGAUCAAUUUGCUUCGCAUAGCAUGGAGAAGAGUCGCUCGACAUUGAUCAAAGAAAUUACUCAAUUGAAUUCCAAGGAGAUUUCACAAAAGUUGAAAGAAUCAAUGAAACGUAUCGAUCGAGCAUUUCAAUCAGAUUCAGUGAUUUUCCCUCAAAAGAAAUCCAUCGACAAGUGGCAAAUAGCGGAUAUUCGAUCAUGGGCGCGCGGAAUACUCGAAGCACAAGAGGACUUCCAAUUUAACAAUCAUCUGAUGGAAAUCUUAGCUGUCGUUCAACGUGCUGUCUAUCUGCAUUGUUCAUUCGAACUUCGUACCGCCCAACUGCUCUCCGUUUUGAUAAUUCUCCAUUCGAAGCAAUUACCCAGUCGACGAUUGCUUCAAGUCUGUACCGGCGAAGGGAAAUCGAUCAUCACCGCCAUCGUCGCCGUGAUCAAAGCAUUAGAACACAAACACGUCGAUAUCAUUACCAGUUCAAUGGACCUGGCGCAACGUGAUGCCGAGAAACGAGAGAGUUUCUAUUCGAUGUUUCAUCGCACGGCCUCGUAUAAUGCCGAUCGACGAGAUAGCUUCGGAACGGUGAAGAGUUGCUAUAGAGACAAUAUCGUUUAUGGUGAUGCCAGUCAUUUUCGAUUCGAUGUUCUUCGUGAUGAAUUCGCUCUGCAAAACACGCGUGCCAAUCGACGAUUCGAUGUGCUCAUUGUUGAUGAAGUGGAUAAUAUGUUCAUUGAUGAAAGCAAAAGUAUUGCUUAUCUCAACGAUAAAACACUCGGCACCGAUUGGCUCAAUCCUGUUCUCUUCGGCAUUUGGGUUUCGAUCAAAGAUCGAAAAGACGUGAACAGUGUGCGAGACUUAAUUGUCGAUAAUUGGAAAAGAUUGAUCAACGAUCCACAAUCAACCUUGAAAGUUCCUCGACAUUUGCGUGAUUUUGUUCUCGAUUCGAUUCCCACUUGGGUUGAUCAAGGUAUUCGAGCGAAAACUGAAUACAAACUUCAUCAUCAUUACACCAUAAAAACCAACGAGAACGAUGUCAAAUGCAUUGUACCGAUUGACUAUUCCAAUACAGGUGAAGUGCAAAUUAAUCGAACGUGGUCCGAUGGUUUACAACAAUUUCUUCAACUGAAACAUGGAUUGAAAACUGAGCCGAUUAAUCUAACCACGAAUUGGAUGUCGAAUUUCAGUCUACUCAGUCGUUACGAUAAGAAGGAAAUCUACGGUCUGUCCGGGACGCUCGGUUCGAUCGAUUCGCGGCAAUUGCUCCAAAAAAUCUACGACGUCGAUUCGGUCAUUAUUCCACCAUUUCGUGAGAAACGUCACGUUCAAUUACGAACUGUGCUCAGUUCCAGCGAAGACCAAUGGUUGAGCGAUAUUGUUUCAUCGACCGUCCUUCACGGCAAGCAACGUCGAGCAGUGUUAAUCAUCUGCGAAACCCAGUUCGAUGCAAUUCGAAUCAGCAAACAAUUGCAGCAUGUCGAAAGCACAUUGCACGUUCAUCUGUGCACGGAUAACACCGAUCAGAAUGAAUGGCAAAUCCUUAGGAAAGAGUUGGACGCCGGGGAUAUCAUUGUCGCGACCAAUCUCGCCGGACGAGGAACAGAUCUGUUAAUCAGUUCAUUGGUCCAGCAAAACGGCGGAUUACAUAUUUGUUUGACAUUCUUAACACGAAAUCUACGCGUGGAAGAACAAGCCAUCGGCCGAACUUCUCGACAAGGUCAACGAGGAACAUCACAAUUAAUUCUUGAUCAACAACGAACGUAUCGUCAACUAGCUUCGUUGCAUCAAUUGACUAUCGAGGAAAGCAAGAGAUAUCUCGCCGAUCCAAUCGCUCUCAUUCACUAUUGGCGAGGGAAAACUGAAGAAACCUUUCUGAAGCAAAUCUCAGACGAGCAUAUGCUUGCCGUCAAAGAAAAAGAUCAAUUAUUUCGAAAGUUUUGUGAACUUCUCAGCCAUUUACGAAAACAAUCGGAAAAUAAACAUCGUUUGGCGAGUGUCAAUGAACGAUGGGCCUUGUGGGUUCAAUCAGCGAAGUGUGCCGAUCGGGAGAAACAAGCUUUCCAACAACGACUAGUACAGUUUCGUUUUAAGUUGGUCAAAACUCAUCUUGGUGAGAAUGGCCUGUUCGACGCUUUAUCUCAUCAAUUGCCUAAAAAAUUCACUGUCGAUGAAAUCAAAAGACAAGCAAUCGAUCAUGUCCAUGCGAAGUUCCAUCUUUACAACGCGAUUAGCGACGAAGAACGAUAUUCAGCUAUAAGUCGAGCAUUGAACAUCAACAUGUUUGUCAUUCGUAGUGAUAUGACAAUGCCAUGGAUAUUUCAACAACCUCGUGCGCAGUACACCUGUUGGGUUGGCUAUGAGGUUUACAGUCAUUAUGUUUCUCUUCAGCCAAUUGAUCCCACUGAAACGUUUUUCGAGCCGAUCGACGAUGAACUAGAUGAAUUACCAACCGUCGAGCACACUGUCAAUCUUUCUCGUACACUUUUCACCAAUAUGCUCAUUCCUGACCUUCGAAUGGAUUAUUCAACUUUCCAACAAACGAUAAACGACGAGUAUCUAACCGAUGAGAUUAUCCGAAAUCCUUGUUAUCUUGUACACGAAGCAGAGGAAAUCCUCGAGAGUAUCUCCAUUUGGAAAUCAAUUGCACACUUUCUUGCCCCUACUGAGAUGGAAAGCUCCGCGGAAAAGAUUAAGAGGGCCAUCGCCCGACUCAAUCGAGCCAUCGCACUCGAUCCGAUCUUCGCGUUCAACGCUUCGGUUACUCGUGCGUAUGUCAUUCUUCUUGAGAAACAAUCACCAACGGAAUACAAAGUUCAAGCGAAGAAAUGCUUACGUGACGCGCAAGAGCAAAUCGGUCAAUAUCUCCUUCCGACGCUGCACUCCAUGCAAGCUCUUCUCAAAGAUGAUCAAACGGAAAUGAACGCAUCCGAUGCAUUGGCCAAACAACUUCAAGCUAAAGUGGAGAUCUUCUAUUUGUAUUACUCCAAACUCGAAGAAGCACUGCAAAGCAUCGAACAAUCGCAAAAAUUGGUUGAUGUCAGUGUUAAAAACGGCCAGAGUGUUCGAUUCGGUCGGAAGUUAUAUCAUCAGGAAGUUCAAGAUUUUGUCGACUCUGCUCAAGGGACGAUCGGGCUCAGUUUUCAUAGUCUUACCGUACAUAGUGACGUCUUUACGCAUGAUCAAGCGUUGAAUUUACUCGGUUUAAUCGCCCACAACGGACAAGACAUAUCCAUUGAUUUCCCUAACGCCACUUUGGAGUCGAUGGAGAAGAUCGUCUCGACAAACACGGUGACUGUGAAUAUUCCAUGUUUAGAGCAGAGCGAAGUGCGUCAGUUAAUCAGCGGUCGAACGAUUGAUCUAACUGUCCAAGCAUCGAUUGAGGAUUAUCGAAAAGCGAUCGAGGCAGUGACGAACGACGUCAUCAUCGAGACUGAAUCCAGAGAAGAAGAAUAUUCACCGACCGGCGCAAAGGAAUGUCUCUCCAGGAAUGCCAAUGUGGUCAGAUCGAUUCGCUUUCGUUCGUUAGAUGCGACCAGCGUAGAGAAAAUCUUGAACAGUGCGCAAAAGGGUUCAUUUACGGUACAAAUUGAUCAACUUCAACUUUCGACUGUGCGUGAAUUAAUCGAGAAGAUCCAAAAGUCGUUUUCAUUGCAUUAUCGCAAACUAACCAAAUCGGAAGCGUCGAAUCUCAUUUCGAACCUGACCGAACGUCAUUUCAUUCUCAAUCUAGAAAAUCUCAGCAGUGAAUCAGCUCUCGGCAUCCUCAAGAAGUUCGAUCGCAACGAACAAGACGUUACCGUUCAACUGAUCUCAAUGACUGAAUUUUACACGGACACCAAUCGACCGAAAGAAGAACUGAUAUUAUUCCAAAGUAUGAUGAUCAGUCGUGUGAUCGUUGUCAACGAAAAUAAUCCCAGACCAUGGGUUAGUAUUUGCAUUGUCAGUCUACUUGGCGCUGCUCAAAUCGCGGUGGGUGUGUACUUAGCCGCGUGUACCGCCGGUCUGGGAGUCAAUUUGGGCAUCAGUCUAAUCAAUGAAGGUGUGAGCGAUAUAUUCUAUGCCAUUCACGGAGCGGUCAAUCGACAGUUUUCUUGGAAAUCGUAUGCCGUUCAAAAAGGUGUGAGUGUGGCCAUUUGCAUUGGUUCAUUGGGAUUCUCGGCGUAUUCACAAGCAGGAUCGAUUCGAGGUGCUGGAGUGCUGAUCAAGAACAGUGCACGAGUUCUUGGCAAGGAAGCAGUGAAAGGUUUUGCAAAGAAUUCCCUAAAUUUGGCAGUCAGACAAGCGUGUAUUAUCUUGGUGGAAUACGGCGCCAGUGAGUUGAUCAAUGCUGUUGUUGAUACCGGUGUAGAACAAAUGAUGUCCCAGUUAAGAUCGACGAUCUGUAGCAAAGUAGAAGAACAAGUUCUUCCUCAACUAGGAAAAGGAAUCUUUAUCCAAGUGUUUAUCCGUGCUGCAGCUGUGGAUCUGUGUUAUGAACAUGAAAUAUGGCUGAAUAGAGCUGAACGAAUAGCUGUGCAAAUUCUGACUGAAGAGAAGAGUCGAUUAUUGGAAAGUGCCGAAUCUCUCUUGACGGGAUUGAGCAAAUCGAUUUUACAACAGUGCAGAGCGAAACAAAAAAGUGGGUCAACCGUGCAGAAAUAUCUGUUCGCAGCUGAAGUUGCUCUUUUCGUUGGCAAGUGUAUCAAAGAAGCCGCAGAAAUCCCAAACUUAGCUGAAAAAUUCUUGGAUGUCUUCGAACAGAAACUGCGUGAAUUUCAAUCCACGAUACCAACGUUCGCAGAUAUUCUCGUGAAGAAAUCCAACGGAUCGAUCGAAUCGUGUACAGCGACAGAUAUUUACCAAAGCUUGGUCACAAAUCAAAUCCUCGAUGUACAUGGAACGAUUCAUUCUUCAAUUACGAAUGAUCGAACGACAUCAAAUCAGAAAAAUGAAUUAAGUGCACGAGUGGCACGGAUCACUUUGAUCGAUAAAGCUCACAAGAAAUACAUCGAAGAAGUCUUGAGCAAGAUCUUACCCGUCGAUAAAAACGCUUUCGCAAUCGAUCGAGUGAAUAAGAAGAUCAUUAAUUUACUAUCCAAUCAUAUUAUCCGAAUCUUACAGGGAACACUCAUUGGUUCAUUAACCCAUCUGGCUGUUAAUCAUGCCGUUCACUUUUUGUCGGAAAACCUGCAGCGCAGACACGAUCCACGCGGUACGGUCGCUCAACAACUGCAUGAAUCGGGAGCACAACGGCUGAUCAGUAUGGUUCUCACCGAUCUGAAGCGAGAUAUUCAAAAUGGUAAAGUGCAGCUUGACUACAAAGACACGCAAAAAUUAGAAGAGCUGAAAAUGAAAUGUCAUUGGAAGGAUUUUCGAGUACAGGAUGACACGGAACAGCUCGCACUCGAUGUCAUCGGACAAAAACAGGGAGGCAUCAUCGAGAUAGCUCUUCUCGCUGCCUUAACGGGUACGACAAUGAAUAUUAUCCAAAAUAACGAACAAUCCAACGGAUCAAUCAACAUGAAGGAAGGUUGUCAGUUGAUCUACAAAGAACCGUACGUCGAUCCGAGCACCGGGAUCUACCAUGACGGACAUUAUGAAACGACGAACGGUAGUACAGGAGCAGCAGGUGUCAAUGAUUGCUUGUACAUCAGUGUCUUGGAGCAAAUGCCUGGCAAAUUUGCAUCGGUGCAAGAUAUGCGCGAUCAGUGCGCUUCGUUAAUCCUAGCAUGUCCAGAAUUGCUCGCUGCUAUAAAACCCAGUAUUGAUAUUCUUAACUCGAAUCCUGAUCCAUGCAGACGAGGACAAUUAAUCAUUGAGGGUGGUGCUCGAAAGAGCGCACCGAAAAAAGCUGUUCGUGCGACAAGAAUCAGACCGUCUGACGAAGAAAUCGAUCCGAACCUAUUGGAGAUUUUGAAACAACAACGAAAAGAAGUACUCAUGCCUGGAAUGCUCCAGUCGCUGAAAAAAAAUCCUGAAGGUCUAGAGGACAUGAAUUUCACUGAUCAGAACGGUCCGACCAUACGAUACAUUUGCCGACGAAUUAAUUCAUCUUCUGACGGUCGUUCGGUGCAACGCACAGAGUAUUAUUCGGUCAUAUUAACUGAUGCUGAUUAUCGUCGUUCUGGUCGUGACAAUUUCCCUCGUUCUGGUGCCACUAGUAGAGCACACUUGAGGAACUAUUUGCAUUCGCAAUCGCUCGACGAGCGUGGUCAUAUUAUCUCCAACGCCGUGGGUGGCGUCUCUGAGCCGCAUAACAUGACUCCGCAGCAUCCAUCCGUGAAUCGAAAUGUGGGAUUAUCCGGUGUCCGUGGAACUUGGUAUGGGAAUGAAAUACAGAUGAGAGAUUUUCUACGAGACGGACAAGGCUUUGUCCGGCACGAGGUUUUUAUGGUCUAUCCGGAUCUUCAAACGGGCCGACCAAGUGAAUUUCAGUGGCGAACACGAUACUACUCCCGUGAUAAUAUUCAACUGCGUGACAUCGAAGGAUCUAUGAAAAACUCAGGUCCUUUUUAA